AUGGAUGAAAUCAAAAUAUCGAUAUGCGAUAUACAAUUAGAACCGCUAACUAAAAUCCAAAAAAAAAUCGAACAACCAUAUAAAUAUUUAGAUUCAAUACCAAGUAAUAAUAAAAGAAUAAGGUCGAAAUUUUUAAAUGCUUUUAAUGAUGAAAUAUUUCAAAUAAAAAAUAAAAAAAUACUAGAAUAUAUAGAUGAAAUUAUAUCAAUAUUACAUAAUUCUUCAUUAUUAAUCGAUGAUAUUGAAGAUAGUUCAGAAUUUAGACGUGGAUUUCCUGCUGCUCAUAAAAAAUUUGGAAUACCAUUAACUUUAAAUUGUGGAAAUUUAUAUUAUUUUAAAGCAUACACCAUUGUUGAUAAAUUAUGUAAAGACUUGAUUGAUUUCAGUCAUAUAUGGAGAAGUUCUCCUCUUUUGGGUCCAACUAAUCCCGAACUUGAACUUCAUAAGAACCAAGUUAUAAAUUUAAAACUAUAUCAAAUAUUAACUGAAGAAAUGCAAAGAUUACAUGAAGGUCAAGGAAUGGAUAUAUAUUGGAGAGAUUUUUUACCAAAACUAGACAAUUUACCAACUUUAGAAGAUUAUUUAAAAAUGAUUAAUUUUAAAACAAGUGGAUUAUUUAGAUUAACUUGUAAUUUAAUGAAAAUUUUAAGUACCAAAAUUGAAUCUCCACAAUUAAUUUAUUGGAUUGAAAAAAUGGCUAAUUUAUGUGGAAUCAUAUAUCAAAUUAGAGAUGAUUAUUUAAAUUUAAUAGAUUCAAAUUAUUCUAUUAUGAAAGGAGUAGCUGGGGAAGAUUUAAUAGAAGGUAAAUUAUCAUUUCCCAUAUUAAUACAUUUAUUAAAUGAGAAAUCAAAACAAAAUGAUCAAAAUGAUCAAAUGACUGUAGUUCAAGAAAUAUUAUAUAAAUAUAGAUCACCAAAGGAAAGAUUAGAACAAAAAGAAUUAAUUCAAUCAGCAAUUGAAUUAUUAAAUGAUGAUGGGUCCUUACUUAAAACAAGACAAUAUUUAAAGAAUUUACAAAUGCAAUUUGAAGAUGUAUUAAGAAAUGUAUAUACUCAUAUAUAUAAAGAUGAUAUGAACUUGGUUAGUGAGAAAUUUUCUCAAUCUGAUGUUUUAAAGAUUAUAAAAAGUUUAUGUGAUGUACCAUCAUAA